CAAAGAACACGCUACAUCACUUCGUUUUAUAUUCUGCGUGUCAUCGUCAUUACGGAACUAUCUAACUUUUUUUUUUUUGUAAAUAAUUCUUCCGUAAAAGCCUUUCACGACGCGGAAGAUAAUUAAAUACUUCGUUUUUCUUGGUACAACAAUAAUCGUUCGAAUACUUUCCUUGUAAAUUAGCUGACGCAUCUCCGUCGAUAAAAUUCGACAUUGGAAGCCACCGAGAAGCUCGCACGAACAAGGCCGUAGAGAAAAAACACGGUUAACUGCUGCAUGAACCUGUGAGAUACGUUCAGCUCCAAUUCUCACCGCCAGCGUAACCAUUUAAUUAACGCGUGACUCUGGCUCCGUGUAAUCAGCCGAUAAUUACCAAUCGUUGACCGAUCACGGUACCGACCGAACCCGCCACGUCGAUCGUAUCUCUAACACAGGCGCGUAUCGAGAGGGGAAACGAGGAAGAGGCAAGAAGAAUCCGCCGAGUCAACCAAGAUAAUGACAAUUGUUCGUCCAGAACGGAAUUUGUAGAAGAAUUGUCGGCUGGCCAAUACCGGAAGUCCACGUCCCCAUGGCGUUUCGGCGCCACACGGCCAGACAACAACGGCGGGCGUAUCGUCGUAGAUAAUCCAUCGACGAGAAGCACCGGUAGCUGUUCGUAGAUACAGAUAGCCACAGGUUACGAUCUUGUUCGUCCGUCUCUCUUGGUCUCAGCCAGCUGGUCUACACCCGUGAUGAAGAGUAACGAUUCGCCUCGUUACAAUGGUAAAGGACGAUCCUCUGUUGGAAGAGCCGCGCCUCCGAUCCUUGGCAUUAGUCAUCUCUGCAUUCGGCUUAACGAUGAUGUUGGACAAUACCGGCAGACGGAAAACCGCAAUUCUACAAAGUUCCUUUGAGGAGUAGAGGAUAUUGUAGGAAUUGAAAUAAGACUAGUUAGAAGGUUUUUGUGAUGGUUGUUCGAAUGUGUUGCUUUGUUCAUGGCACCUAGUUUUACGAUGUUUCGUCGGAGGAAAUUUGUUAAAGAUAUUCUAGAAAUUGAUAUACGUUAGUCUAUAUAGUUAUGAUGUUUGAAGUAUAUUUCUUAAAUUGUAUUGUUGUACCUAUAGUAUGUUUUACGGUAGUAUUAAUACACAUGUAUUAGCAGUUUUAUAGUAUGUUUAUAGUUUCACAAUGUUUCAUUGGACAAACACCUUUAUAUGUGAAAGAUAUUCUAGAAAUUGAAAUAUGGCUAGUUAUAAUGUUUUUGUAAUCGUUCUUUGAAUUAUCGAAGUGUUCCUUUAUGUACAGCAUGUAGUUUUACAAUAUUUCGUUGGACAAAUACUAUAUAAGAUAUUGUAGAAAUUAGUAUACGACUAGUUAUAAUGUUUUUCUAAUUAUUCUUCGAACGCGUUCCUUUAUCUAUAGUAUGUACUUUUAUAAUAUUUCAUUGGACAAAUACUAUAGAAGAUACUGCAGAAAUUGAUAUACCACGUAUAUCUAGUUAUUCUCUUUGAAUUAUUCUUGAAUAAUUAUAAUUCGGUAAGUGAUUGCUUCAGACGGAAAUUCAUUAAUAGUAUUCAUCAAUCGUAUCAAAACGAUUUAGAGAUGCCUUCGUUCAACAAGAAAUUAACGUAUAUUUCUGCUUUCCUCUUCGUACACGUUUUAGUAACAGAGAAAAUGAAAUUGACGAUACAACGUAACAUAUCAUUUUGAUUAUCUAACUUCGAAACAGUUAUCUGACGAUAAUAUAGAAAAAUCGGUCGAUAAGUAGUUGGAAAUUUGUACCUAGACUCGACGAACGAUCGAAAUCAACAAAAUCAUUUUUAAUCCUACUAAAUUUAAUUUGUCUAGUUACAUUAACCAUAUGUAUCUAUCUUGUUUCUUUUUAUGGAUAAUUUGCAACCUGUAGAGCGUUAGUAAUCGUACAACUUUAAUCGUUCGCGUUUGUGUAGAAACGGCCGUAAUAAAGAGUUGAAAAGGCGAGAAGGAGAAGAGAAUGUGCAAUUCGAUUACACGAAAACUGGUGAUACUAAUGAUAUGAGUUACUUUUACGCUCCCAUAAAGUCCUGGACAAUUUUAUUCCAGACAGUUAUCGAUACUUUCUCAAGACGAUGUACCGUUACGAAUUAUAUUCCCUAUUCGCGAUAUAAAUAUAUAUAUAUAUAUCUACACGAAUUACGUCGCAAGUAAGCUACCAGCGGUAAAUGAAUAUCUUAAUGCGAUAACUGCAAAUUGGCGGCGGUAAAAAAGAGGAGAUUAAAGCCUCGUUUGGCCGGUAGAAGAGAAGAAAAUGAAUAUAUAUUUGAAAUGUAAGAAUAUCUCAGCUACGUUCGUCAAUUAUUGGUUGAUUCGAUUAACAUGCAUACCGCGUAUUUUAUGCAAACGCGCUAAAAGCGAAUGAAAUGAUAUUCAUGUUAACGAAUGAUAUAUUAAAUGAUCGUAUAUUCAGUUUCCGUUUGAUAGGUUGACGUACUUAAAAUGGCAGAGAAAAAUACCCAUUAUACAGGGUGUCUGCAAAAUCAUGAUGCGAGCGGUCGGUUUCUCGACAAAAAUUAAUCGAAGAAAAAGAAGAUUUUUUUCGUUUAGGACUCCGUUUCUGAGAGAACUGAGUUUGAAAAUCCAUCAAAAACUCGUGUAUUAACUACUAACUUUCUUAACCACUUCUUUCUAUUUUGUUUCUGUUCAUGUCUGUAUUAUUAAAUAUGAACAGUAUCGUGAUUUGCUAUAGCUCUUGCACGACAUUAUUACUUUACUUUAUUCUCUGUUUAAUUUGAAUGGUUUCAUAAAUAAGGCAAAUAAUAAGGCCAGUACCUUUCUUAAGAAUCGCUUCAUUAACGAAGAAGCAAAUUGUCCAUAUUUAAUAACGUUUAAUAAUGCCUUGUUUAAGACACGAACAGAAACACAAGUUCAUAAUUGGAAAUGUGCAGUUAAUGCACAAGUUAAAACGAAGCCUCAAACAAAAACACGUUAUUCUUUCUUUCUCCACAUAUCCUUUCAUUUACAUUCACCAGCCGACCGCUCGUACCACGAUUUCCGAUUUCCUCUAUAUCAAAUGUAUAUCAGUUACAAUAAAGACAUUAAUAACGUCAACACAGUCGAACGUGCUGCCCGUGUCUCGACAACUUCCUAACUUCUUCUUGAAAACUCUACCGAAUCCCCAAAGCUGCGACCAAGCUAACUAACCACAAUGUCUAUCUCACAGUCAUCGAUCACGUCGGAUUAAGAUGUUGCACAGUCGCGUCUGCAUAUUCCGGCGAAUAAUAUUCGUAGCUCGUUACUGCUUUACUCAUUACCGGUAAAGAGAUCACGCGUCGAGCGAUCUCCUGUCGCGAGCACGGUAGUAGUCGACCUCAAAUUCAGCAAGUUAUUGCAACCCGACAGUAACACGGCAGAAGGCGCAUAGUAUCGGCGAUAGCCAGCUGCGGUAUCGACGGGAGACCUUAUUUUCGAUGGUAUCUGCGAAAUAGAAACAAACGAAUGGACGGACGGAUGGACGGACGUGUAUGCCGCAUUCCGUGUUUAUUAUUUUGCCGGUGGGUGGUCUGGAGAAGUCGAGAGCCGUCUUGGUGGCCGAUAGCAUCUCUCGUGUCUCUCAUGUGCACGCACCGUUGAGCGCGGCCAACGCAGUGAACGAACGUGGCGCACCGAGUCGUCUUGCGUAAGGGAAGUAGUCGACUUCUCUUCUUCCCCCACGCCCAUUCUCCAUUCUCUCAUCCCGAGAGUUUCUCCUUCUUCCAUGUUUCGCCGGCUGGUUCGGCCUUCUCUUCUCUCUUUUUCCGUCUGGUUACGUCGCUCCUUACUUCAUCGGCAUCUAUCCUUCUCCAUGUUACUCUUCGUUCAUUUCUUUUCCUUUUUCCUCGCCGUGCGUCGCUGGCGUACGUAUUUUUUCGUCUUAUUGUCGCUUAUUGUUGCCCGAUGUGUCCCCCUUCUUUAUUUCCCUCGUGUAUGACAUCGGCGCCUCCUUUUGUCCUUGUCGACGUUUCGACGUUUUCUGCUUUUAAAUCGAUGGGUUUUUAGUGGCGUUCUUCAUGUUAGGAGGCACAGGCGAAAGACCGGAUCGUGCGUCGUUUUGCCGGCUUUCUUCUUGCCUACGUUGGUCUUCAUCUUUUUCUUAAUUAAAUAUGUGCGUGCGUGCUUGGUUUUUACGUUGUCGCGAUUUUUAAGCUCGCUAAUGAAGAGCACGUAAGAUAGAUAAGAGGUGAGGAGAAAAUAAAGUGGCGAUGGAAGGACUCUUUUAAUGGAGAAAUAUCCGGAAUAUCCAUGGAAUCAUGAAACGAGUAUUUCAGUCAUGAAGAUAAUCCGCAUGGCGAUUAUACGCUACUCUGCUAAUUAGUUGUUAUGGCGUCAAUCUUCAACAUGUUUUAAUAGAUACUUAUGAACCGAGAAACGAUGAUUGUUCGUGUAAAAACUGGACGCCGAUCAUGGAAUAUCAAUAUUCGACGUAUGCAAACGCGAAACGAAAAAUCUAUCUGCCCAGAGAUUUUUGCAGGCCACUGCAUAUUUAAAAGACAGACAAGAACAGUAAAAGUCCUUUAAAAGAAUUAACGAUGAUAUUAAACAGCAAGAGAAAAAUACUUGUCAUUAUUACAGUAAAGAGCCAUAAGAACAGCUAUAAAAUACAGUCUUCUGGCAUUCAUAAAAUUCCAUCAUGGCAAUCCAACACAUCUAAUUAAAGUCAAUUUCGACCGAGAAAAAUUCUUACUUUUUACGCUACUGUUCCAGAACAGUAACGUUUCAUCGUAGAUGAAAGCACACAGUAGGAAGCCUGUAGAGAUGCAACCCGAACUGCAGCAGUGCACAUUGCGGAAAAUAGAUCUACAGGGGACUGCGGUGCGCCAGUCGUGCGCUCUGUUUCAUCCUGGUUGCGCGACUAUCUCGCUCUCGCACUCAUUAAGUCGAUGCAGCGUCGGCAAAGAUCAAAGCUCGUCUUCUACGGAGGACCGCUUAAUACUGGGUGGCGAGUUAAGAGUGUCGUAAAAAUUAUUAACGGUCCCUCCGCACGCUGUGCCUUAUCGCCAGAUCGGCAACUGCAGUAGGAUGUAUGUAUUCGUCGAAACCGCCACCAUAAUAUGCAAUGACAUUUCCACUCCUUUUUCGUUCUGCUUCGUGCCCUUAAUUCGUAUCCGAGACUUCGUACUCGCGAAAUUUAUUCCCUCGUCGAUCAACUAAUUUCUCUUUCAUUGAAGAUUUAUGAAUGUAUCGGAGGUUCGUCGUGUGGAACUUUCGAAACAGUGAGAAACAACCAAGCAAUAACCGAUCUUUGGUUAAACGUCUAUAAAUUAAAACGAAAGAAAAGCAACUAGAGGCAGGAUUUAAUUAAUGUCCUACGAUAUAUUAAUUUACGAUUAUCGAUGCUCGGAAAGAAGUUAAUGGUGGACCGUUUAAAAGCUUGUGAAGGUUUCCGUACAAAAGCCUGAUAAACACAGCGGUAAUUUCGCAACGCGAGAAGAACAGGUCGACCACCCGUUUUAUUUCUACGUGGCGCUGCGUCGCUUGUAUCGCGCGCGGAUAUUAUGUUACUGUUACGCAAACAACGAACGUCGGUGCUCCUUUGCACCGCUUUCGGGCUAACACGAACCGAUACUUGCCAUUUGAUUUUUCGUUUCAAUAUUAUCCGAAAUUAAUAUUUCCUAAUCGAUAAGCGCCAACUCUCUCGCCGUUGACAUUAAUGGGAAGUCUUUAUAGCGUUGUUGUAUCAAUCUCCUGUUCGAAGCUUCGAGACAGUCAACGAAAACUGCCACAAGGUCCCUGGAAUCGGAGAAGAAAAUAAAAAAGCAACGACCGUCCGUAUCAGAAUCGAAAAUUGUCUCGUAUUUGGUGGAACAGGGUGUCGGGCUCGGCAUCGCGGUGGGUGGUCUCGUAUUUAUACAUUACCUUUUUCGAUCUGCCAGUUUGUUUCGCUCUCUCCUUCUCCCUCUUAUUUAAUUUUCUCCGUUUGCUGCCUCUCUUUCGCUCUCGCCGCUCUCCUUUUCUGUCCUUCUUUUCACACUGGCUCCUCACUACACACGAGCCCCGUACACGUGUGUAGGAAUGUCGAGCGCGUGUGAGACUGUCCAAUGAACGUUGAGGCGUGCAACACGCGCGUGCAAGCAACAGGCGUGCACGCACACACGCAAAGCCAGGCACGGGAGUGGUGUACGACGCCUAAUGAAGUCGCAUCGUUAUGCAGAUAUUAUGAAGACAGGUUAAUAAGUUAAUCGUCCGGUGUAACGUUCUUCCCCGUGGCUUAAUGAACGCAUUCAAAACAGUUGCCCUCUUCUCUUCUUUACCUGGCAUAUUCGCCUUAUUGUUAGUUUUCUACGUGACUUAUCGUCCUUGAAAAUGUAUCGGAGAGUUUGGCACACAAGCGUUUGAUUAUAGUACAUAGACAGUAUACAUAUGCACAAGUACAGAAGUAUUGAAGAUAUAAAAAAAAAGUUCGAAGAAGUUGGUCAUAAUUUAUAAAUCAAUACGCGACAAAAUGUAAUGGACGAAAUUAUUAAAAUCGUACGUAUCGUUCGCAAAAAACGUUUGAUUCGAUUACACAUGCAGCAGAUAACAAUAAUAAUAAGGGAGGACGCAGUCGAACCCUAUAGUUGCGGCCGCCAAUCAAAUCAUAACCAGUGGCAGGGGAGACGCGUAUAAUCAAUUAUGCAGAUUCGCUUCAGUGGCGGUGGUGAAGAGACGGUGGCCGGUGAAGCAGUAAACUGCUGUAUUUCCGGUCCCGAUUAAUAUUGCCGAGAGCAGCAACGAUUCCGAUCUCCAGAGGCCCGUAAGGGAGUCGUGUUUACGUUCGAGUACAUCGGUGGCCCUCUUCCGCUCGUCUUCAACUCUCCACCGCACGUCGGCCGCGUACACUGCGCUUCAUGAAUCGCUCGGGCCUUCUCUACUAACACAGAAUGCGACAAGCGUAUACAAAAGUCCUCAAGACCGUGUGGAGGCAAUGACAAGGAAAGAGUAAUCGAGAGAGGAGUCGGAGAAGAAAGAAGGAGAUGCUGCGGCGAUCUGUAAGCGGCGUUGUGUGUCUCGUGCGUGUCACGUAGUCACUGCCAUGUGUGGGUAAUGUUUUUGCUCGAGGGGAAAUGGUACCGCGUGUGUGGUCCUGCGUCGAGCCCCCUGCACCCCUUCUGAUGGCACAUCGCCGUAUCCUAGCAACGUAGAACGCCACGCCGAUUCAGCCAAUCGCGAACGAGUUCCGAUCACUUCGGCCAAACUCGGCUCAUUUCGGCUCCGACGUCAUCGUUACCUGCAGUGACGUAUCGCUCUGCCGCGAAAAUUGGGAUAUACGAUAAGUCUCUCACGAUGAAUCGUAAUUUGUUUAAAGUUUUUCGCAUUAUUCAUUCAUGAUAGUGUAAACGAAACGUAUAUGAUGUAAAAGGUAUUGAUACGUACUUUGAUUAGAAAACAAAAUUGGUAUAGGAUUUUGUGUCAGGAUAUACGGCGAGGAGAUAAUUUUCAAAUGUUAUACUUAACAGAAAUACGAGCAACUUGUGUGAUUAAUUUAGAUUAGUUAGAAGUUGUUUCGAGGUUUAUAAAUAAUAAUAUAGGUAAGCGUGUAUAUAAAACGUUAUAUCGCUAUUGUCAUGUCGAUUACGGAUGGAAAUUGUCUUCGUAAUUUGUAUUAUCCGGCACUGUACCUUUUAAAAUCGUUAUUACAAAAAAAUGCAGAAUCAUAAAUUUGGUGGACGAGACCCAAAAUUCAUUGAAGCGUGCUCGUCGAAUUACGGUCCUGAAUGUUUGUGCAGCUCCGAUCUCGGCGAGUGGCGCUGUUGGAGGGGGGCCGUCAACUAUGGCCGGCGCUGAAGGCAGGCCACGAAAGAAAUGUGGCACCGCAUUUCGCUUAGUACGGACUUAGACUGCUCUAAGUGGCGGUCGUGUACGCCGGUGUCCGACCACGACGACGUCGACGUCGUCGUUUUAGAACGCGUGACAGAGAGAUAGCUAGACUUUAACGAGAGUUUCCAGCUGCCGUUGCUGAACUGUGGAACACUCUCGUACUCUCACGUCGCCUACGCCUCCUUGCGUAAACCGGAUGCUCGUCACUGCCGCGUUUAUACGAAUUCGGUAGCCGUGGCGAAUUUCCUCGAGCGUAGUGUGCAUAUUCGAACGAGAUCUAACUGUGUCAAGUGACAACGAUUGUGACAGUGACACCGAAGUGCGCGUGACUGCGUGCCAUGCCAGUAUUGUGCCGAUAGAAAAGACACGGUGAAUCGAAUUGAUCGUUAAACGUCGAGGCGUACGCGUUUAUUUUGCUUCUAUGACACAGUAAGAGGCACGUGUGGUGCUAGAGCGUGACUGUUUCCCGCGAAAACGUUGUAGUACGAUCGGGCAACAUUCUUGCCCCGGUUGUCGCGUGAUAUUUCAAAACAAGCAAACUCGCGUGUGCGCCCUCGUGCUUGUCGGCGGUACUGUGAAUCCCGCGAGAGGGAGAUACAGAAGAGAGAGGGAGUACGAGGAUCCCGCAUGCAAGUAGAAAAAGCGAAACACAGGGAUAGAGAAAGAGACAGAACGACGAGACGAAUUGGUGAAGAGAGAGCAGUCACGUAUUUACUCUUCUACGGUGGUACGAAGCUAACCUAAAAACCGAUACUCGGUCCGUUUUGUGCGUAUACCAUCGAUGGGCAUGAUACAUCUGCGCAUGCGCAGAAGAAAUUGUGUGUACCUCGUGCGCGAAUUUCGAUUAUCGUGCCCGUCGCAUGUGUACGGUGUCGACGAAUUGCGCGGUAAACAAGAAACACCGACUGAACGUGUGCUGUGACAAGUGUUUCUGGAAAGGUUCGUGCGAGAAUUACGUGCAACCGCGGUUUCUAACGAGUGUGCAGAGUGGAAUCGUUCCCUUUUCUUCCUUUCUCCAUUUCUCUUUCGUGUUCGUGUCUUGUUCGUGUUUCAUAAAACGUCCCGUGUCGCGUUCGGUAACGUUACAAUAUACGUGUAAGUCGAGAGAGGAGGAGAGCCGACGAAAAAUCUGCCGGAAAGAAAAACGUCACAUUGGAGGGGAUUAAGAUUAAAAAUAAUCAUACUGUGGAUUGUGCCGGGGCGAAUGUAUGACGGAUCAUGGUUUCUGCGUCCGGCCCUACAGGGAUCCUAGCGGGACGCCCUUCUGGUUCUCAGUGCCUUCAAGGUUCGCAAUCGUCGCAGAAUGGAUGUGCUACGAAAAAUCACAGCGAGAAGAAUGCCAAGACCGUGGAGAACGCGAAACAACGACACGAGUCGGAUCUUUAUAUCAGGCCAAGCUGGACCGACGCGGCGAUAGCGUUAGAUCAGCUCGAGAAGGGCAAAGCGGAAGGUCAGAGAUCUGCGGUUUGGAUCAGGGCAAGGCUGCAGGAUCAGCUGAGUCAGCUGGGCUACUUCCUGCAGAGGCGCGCAGGCAAGGUCCUCUUUCUCGCGAUCAUCGCUUUGGCUAUGUUCUGUGUCGCUCUCAAGACCGCUCAAGUUCACAGCAAGGUCGAACAGCUCUGGGUUCAAGAAGGCGGAAGGUUGCAAAAAGAGUUGACCUACACCUCGGAAGCACUGGGCGAAGCAGCCGCCUCGACGCAUCAGCUGGUGAUUCAAACACCAAGGCAUCCCGGGGCGAAUAUCUUGCACCCCGCCGCACUCAAGGAACACUUAGAAAUCCUGAAGGCGGCCACACAGGUCACCGUACACCUGUUCGACACCGAGUGGAGGCUGAAAGACAUGUGUUACGCGCUGAACAUACCCAACUUCGACAUGCACUACAUCGACCAGAUCUUCGAUAGAAUUAUACCAUGCGCCAUCAUUACACCCCUCGACUGUUUCUGGGAAGGUAGCAAGCUCUUAGGACCGGACUCUCCUGUGUAUAUACCCGGCACGCAGAUGCACAAGCCAGUGCACUGGACGAAUCUCAAUCCGUUGUGGAUGCUGGACGAGAUGAAGAAACUGCAGUUCAUGUUUCCCUUCAAAACUCUGGAGGACUACAUGAAGAGGGCCGGGAUAACGAACGGCUACCAAAGCAAGCCCUGCCUCGACCCAGCGGACCCUGAGUGUCCGGAAACCGCGCCCAACAAAAAAUCCCAGCAGGUACCAGACAUAGGAGCGGAAUUAACGGGAGGCUGUUACGGUUUUGCGGCAAAGUUUAUGCACUGGCCCGAGGAACUACUCGUCGGUGGUGCUAAGCACAAUAAGACUGGUCACUUGACCCGUGCAGCUGCGCUUCAGACCGUUGUGCAGCUGAUGGGAGAACGAGAGCUUUACGAUUUCUUCGACAACACCUACAAGGUACAUAAUAUCGACUGGUCCCAGGAGAAGGCAUCGCAAGUACUUAAAACCUGGCAACGAGCGUUCAGCAAUCAAGUGAAGAAGCACCUGGGCGCGAAUGGCUCAGCGCCGUACAAUCUGUACGCGUUCAGCACAACCACCAUGAACGACAUACUUGGGAAGUACAGCGAGGUGUCCGUUAUGAAAAUCGCCAUAGGCUGCGCACUGAUGGUACUGUACGCGGGUAUAGUCCUUCUUCGAUGGAAGGAUCCAGUGCGUUCGCAAGCUGGCGUGGGCAUAGCCGGUGUAAUGCUCAUCUGCGCAACUGUGGCCGCUGGUUUGGGGUUCUGCGCCCUCCUGGGAAUCCCCUUCAACGCAGCCACCACUCAGAUCGUCCCUUUCUUAGCUCUAGGACUCGGUGUUCACGAUAUGUUCCUAUUAACUCAUACUUACGCUGAGCUCUCGGUAAACGAAGUGCCCAGUGGAGAACAGACAGGAGUGGUUUUAAAAAGGACCGGCCUAUCUGUCCUUCUAGCAGGAAUCAGCAACGUGUCAGCGUUCUUCGCUGCAGCGAUAAUCCCAAUUCCUGCACUCCGAGUGUUCUGCUUUCAAGCUGGUAUCUUGUUGCUUUUCAAUCUGGCCGCUAUGCUGCUUGUUUUCCCAGCUAUGGUAAGUUUGGACCUGAGAAGACGACGUUCAGGUCGUUCAGAUAUACUCUGUUGCUGCCUACCAUCGAACGCUGGCAGAAAUAAGUACGCCAAUAGAAUGAGCAAUGGUACCGCGAAGCAAACUGUAACGAGGGCGAUACCACCAGAACGCCGUGAAACCUGCACGCAAAUCCUGACAUCGCAAAACGUGCAGAAUGAGUCCUGGGUCGGUGGAAAUAUCGAAGUGGACUCGGAUAAGCAAUGUAGCGAAGAAGACACCCUAACAGGAUGCAGUCAAGACGACUGUCUCACUUUCUCCUUAACCCAGUUAGCUGCGAAGCAUUAUGCUCCCUUUGUCACCAGACCAGCGACUAAGGUCUUUGGCAUGAUGAUUUUAAUCGCAGUUCUUGUUGGCUGUGUUUGGCAAGCUGUAAGGGUGAACGAUGGUCUAGAGCUGACCGAUCUGGUUCCACAGAAUUCCAAUGAACAUGCUUUCUUAGCUGCCCAGGCAAAGCACUUUGGAUUCUACAAUAUGUAUGCUGUUACCCAGAGGGAAUUCGAGUACCCUAACAAUCAAAGAUUGUUGUAUGAGUAUCAUGAUGCCUUCAUGAGGAUAAAGAAUGUGAUCAAGAACGAUAACGGAGGAUUGCCUGAGUUUUGGUUAAGUUUGUUCAGGGACUGGUUGAAAGGACUGCAGAACGCGUUUGAUAGGGAUUAUAGCAAUGGAUGUAUUACACAGGAAAGGUGGUACAAGAAUGCUAGUGACGAGGCAAUUCUCGCUUACAAAUUGUUGGUACAAACUGGUCACGUAGACAAUCCUAUUGACAAAUCGUUAGUCACUCAAGUCAGGCUAAUCGAUUCAGAAGGGAUCAUCAAUCCAAGAGCGUUUUAUAAUUAUUUGAGUGCAUGGGUGUCAAACGAUGUUUUGGCUUAUGGUGCUUCUCAGGCCAAUUUAAGGCCAGAACCAAGGCAAUGGAUUUAUACUAAUGAUCAUGAAUUAAAGAUUCCAAAAAGCAUGCCUCUGACGUACGCUCAGAUGCCAUUUUAUCUGCAUAAACUUACUGACACGCAAGAAAUUACAGAACUAAUUGGCAAUGUUAGAAAACUGUGCAAAAAAUUUGAGGAACGAGGACUACCAAAUUUUCCUUCUGGUAUACCAUUCCUCUUUUGGGAACAGUAUAUGGAUUUAAGAAAUUGUUUGGGUAUUGCUCUGUUAGCUGCUUUAACAGCCAGUGUUGCUGUCGUUGGAAUAUUAUUGUUGAAUUUCUGGGCAGCUUUGUUAGUCGGCACUUCUCUUGCUGCUGUGGUACUACAACUCUUUGGAAUCAUGGGCCUCUGCAAUAUAAAACUGAGCGCUGUUCCUGCUGUUCUGUUGGUCGUCAGCAUUGGAAUUGCUGUGCACUUUACAGUGCAUAUUUGUCUGAGUUUUGUUACGAGCAUUGGAAGCAGAGAUAGAAGGAUUCGGUUAGCUCUGGAGCACAUGUGCGCACCUGUAAUUCACGGAGCAAUAACAACUUUAUUAGCAGUCGUGAUGUUGGCCUUCUCCGAGUUCGACUUCAUCGUUCGGUAUUUCUUCUUGGUGUUGCUGUGUCUUAUUGGGAUCGGUUUGGUGAAUGGAUUAUUCUUUUUCCCCAUCCUGUUGUCUUUGAUCGGCCCAUCUCCAGAAGUAAUACCCAAUGACCAUCCGGAUCGUAUUUCUACGCCAACUCCACCUGCCUCGCCAAUCGUCAGAAGAUCGAAACCUCCUGCACCCCCCAGGAGAUCGUACAAAAUUGAUAACGCCAGGUUACACGCUGAACCAUCUCUCACUACCAUUACAGAGGAACCCAAUUCAUGGCACAGUACACAGGAGUCUUGUAUUAUUGUUCAGCCAGAGUUGAAGGUUGAAACGACAUCAACUUGUGGCAACCAGAACUGUAGCGGAUCAGAUACAAGUGGGUCUAGUCGAAUGUCACCAGUGACAUCUACGUCUCAUAUCACAACCAAGGUCACUGCGACGGCUAAUAUAAAGGUUGAAGUUCAUACACCGUUAACUAUAGGUACAGUGGAUCGUAGCGAAAAAUGCAGACACACGACUUCCAGUAGCCGAAGGAGCUCGCGCUGCAGUGCGAACGUUAAUGCUGGGGAGUCUUCCGGUUCCGGUUCUGAACCGGAUUCAGACACUAACCCAAAUAAACACUAAUAAUAAGUACCGGGAAGACCGGCAGCUGCUGCUCAAAUACCAUGCAAAGCGGGAACAUACAGAAGGCUGACUAGGAUAGAUUUAUAGUUUCUUUUCUUCUUUCUUUUCUUUAUACAUCGUAUGGCGAUGUGCGGGUACCCAAAGUUUAAAUAGCAAUGGCUUUAUUCGAGAUAAGUUCGCGUAAUGUUCUCACAUGACACGUUUCACCUCUCUCUUAAUCUUUUGUAAACUAGAUAUACGAACUAAUCUAUUCACUGCCCUUAUUUUAUAUAAAACACCGCGGACGAACAACGUGGAAAGCCAAUGAUCAGAGUUUACCAGGUACUCUCACAUCGUUAAUAACGCAACGUGCUUGUCCUCUUUGAAUUAAAGAACAAAAGUAUUAUGACUCAGAAAUACUGAAUCGAUACACGCAGUGAUACAUUGUAUAUAAAUGUCCGCGAAAAUGCAUUUAUAUUUGUAUCGUACGUCCAAUGCGGGCCAUACGUACGAACAGAAUGUUCGUAAUUCACUUUUAACGCAUUGAACGUGUGAUAAAUUAUUGGGAUAUAUAUAUAUAUAUAUAUAUACAUAUAUAAAGUAUACAUAUAUAUACAUAUAUAUAUAUAUAUAUAUAUAUAUAUAUAUAUAUAUAUAUAUAUAUAUAUAUAUAUAUAUAUAUAUAUAUAUAUAUAUAUAUAUAUAUAUAUAUAUAUAUAUAUAUAUAUAUAUGUAUGUAUGUAUAUGUAUAAAAUGAUAUUUUUAACGAAUCUACUUAGGAGCAUGUCAAAGAAAAUGCUUUACUACACGCUCUGUGGUAUACGACAGUUUCCAUGAAACUAUAAGGAUAUUAUUUUAUGAACUAGAAAAAUUUCAACGUCUGUUCUAUAAUUGUUAAUAAUACGACGAAGAUUGAAAAACUGGAAAUGUUUCGGGUGUUUAUAGAACUUUUCCUAACAACUUAUUGUAAAGUCCGUUAUACAAAACAAACCUAUUAUAUAGUAACAUAUUUUUGGAAACGUUUAUCCGUCAGAAAUAUAUAUGUAUAUAUAUAUUGAGACGUUUUCUUUUCUAGAAGAUACUAAUAGUAUUAUGCGCAUAAUAUGUAGUUUGAGAUUUUUGCGGACAAUACAUGACUUUCUUAUUGGGUCUAAUUACGUGCAGAUUAAUCGUUGGUACCCUUUUGGGUAUAUAGGUGACCGAAGGUUUACAGAUUACAUUUACGUAAUACUGUUUAGGGAGAACUUUCUAAUUUAGAAGUAAUUACGACGAUGUAGCUCUCUUGCGCCGUUUUUUUGCAACGACUACAAUGUGGUGCCUUGAAAAUGAUAAUAAAAUUUCGAGUAACUAUUUAUUUUAUACACUAACAGUUAUAGUGCAGUGUGUAUAUGACUUCGAGCGAUAUUAAAUUUAAAAUCUAUUUAUUAUUUAUUUCUACGUGUCUACUUUGAUAUCACGAUUAUUUAAAGCGUUUCGUUUUGUACAAUGCCUAUUUCAUAUGAUAAUUUGUAAAAAUACUUCAUUAUUUAUGUCACCCUAUAUAUUUUUAUAUAAAAUCGUUACUUAAUUUAAUAAAAUAAGUCGAUCUA